GCUGUUACCCGUGGUGGCCGAUUGAAUUUUUGCAAAAUUCAAUUAUAAAAUUCAAAUUUAACAAUUAGUUUAUACUGCUCGCUAGCUCAACUUCCCAAAGGACACGCAACCAAGAAACAUGGCAAUGCUGGCUAGAACAGUGGGACGCACAUUUAUGCAGGCAGCAGCGGCGCGUAGUCUCCACACCACGGCUGCCCUCAACCAUGAUUCCAAUUAUGGUGGCAACAGGACCACCUGCACACUCAUACCCGGCGAUGGUGUAGGUCCUGAGCUAGUAUAUUCCCUACAAGAGGUCUUCAAGGCGGCUAAUGUCCCUGUCGACUUCGAAUCGUACUUCCUGUCGGAAAUCAAUCCUGUGCUGAGUGCCAAGCUCGAGGAUGUUGUGGCGUCAAUCCAAAAGAACAAAGUCUGCAUCAAGGGUAUUUUGGCUACUCCCGAUUAUAGCAAUGUCGGUGACCUGCAAACGCUCAACAUGAAACUGCGCACGGAUCUCGAUCUCUAUGCCAACGUUGUGCAUGUUCGCAGCUUGCCUGGUGUAAAGACGCGCCACUCCAACAUCGAUACGGUCAUCAUUCGUGAACAGACUGAGGGUGAAUAUUCUGCGCUGGAGCACGAAUCGGUGCCUGGAAUUGUCGAGUGCCUAAAGAUUAUUACUGCCAAGAAAUCGAUGCGCAUUGCCAAGUUUGCCUUUGAUUAUGCUACGAAGAAUAACCGCAAGAAGGUGACUGCUGUGCAUAAGGCCAACAUCAUGAAGCUGGGCGAUGGCUUGUUUUUGAAGUCGUGCGAGGAAAUCUCGAAACUUUAUCCCCGCAUACAAUUCGAAAAGAUGAUUGUGGACAAUACAACCAUGCAAAUGGUUUCCAACCCCAACCAGUUCGAUGUCAUGGUCACGCCAAAUCUCUAUGGCGCCAUUGUAGACAAUUUAGCAUCAGGUUUAGUGGGCGGCGCUGGCGUCGUUGCAGGCGCUUCGUAUUCAGCGGAGACGGUGGUGUUCGAGCCGGGUGCACGUCAUACCUUCGCUGAGGCUGUUGGCAAGAACGUGGCUAACCCAACGGCAAUGCUAUUGUGUGGCACAAAACUGUUGCGUCACAUCAACUUGCACACCUACAGCGAAGUUAUUAGUAAUGCCAUCAACAAGGUGCUUUUGGACGGCAAGGUGCGCACCAAGGAUCUGGGCGGCCAAUCAACAACGCAGGACUUUACACGCGCCAUCAUUUCAAAUCUGCACUAAGCGUGCUAGUAAAUGGACAGUCACAAUAGCCAACAACCAUAAAUUACUGACUCAAGCUUACCUACACAAAUACACACAAAAACAUUAAGACGGGCCAUAGGCAGUUGUGUUGUUACAAAAUUGUAUUGUUAAAAAGUUGAUUUAGUUUCUUUCUUAUUAGUUUAUCAUUAGUGCGCAGUAUGUUCGUCUCUUAUGUUUCAAUGCCAUCCAUCGAGUAUUAUUUCUGCCGAAUAUUUUAGUUUAGUCAAUGCCCAUAUCCAGCAGUUAUAAAUUCCAUGUACCUACCACAUUACUUUUACAGAUUGGUCCUUAUCAUUAUUAUUUUCAAAUUUCUGUAUUAUUUUACCCAAGAAAAUUAUUUUAAAUUUUUUGUAUUAUGUAUUUUUCUCAUAAACACAUUGUAUUUUUGGUGCCAA